GGAGUCCACUCGUGGAUUUAGCAGAAAACGUUUUACAGUCAUGCGGAAGAAUUUCGGUGAUUUAACAUACACUGCAAUGGUCUGGUAAAAUGUCUUUAACAGAGGGACAUAUUUUGAACGUGUGGAUAUUUUUUAGUGUCUUUCUUCGCUUUGGGAUUUUUACAGAUGGGCAGAUUGUGUAUUCCAUAACGGAGGAGGUAAACCCAGGCACGGCAGUUGGAAAUUUAGCUAAGGAUUUUAACUUGAAUUUACAGGACAUUGAAAGACGUGGAUUUCAAAUCGUGUCGGAGACCAACCGAAGGUAUUUCGAUUUAAAUGUGAAGACUGGUAUUCUGCUAGUUAAGGACAGAAUAGACCGAGAUGAGAUAUGUGAACAGAAUGUGAAGUGUUCUUUACCUCUAGAAGCAAUUGUUAACUCGCCUUUAAAUAUAUACAGAUUUGAGGUAAAUGUACUUGAUAUUAAUGAUAACUCACCAAUAUUUCCUACGGCAAAGACAACCCUAAAUAUUUCAGAAUUAGCUUUUCCAGGGGAGCAGUUCGCUCUGCCGAGCCCGUUUGACGCAGAUGUGGGCAGUAAUUCGGUAAAGAGCUACAAACUGAGUCCGAAUGAACACUUUUCUCUCGAUGUUCAGAGCGGAGGAGAGCCGAGUGUGUCUGCUGAAUUGGUGCUACAAAAAGCUUUAGAUCGAGAGAAACAGCCGGUGAUAGAGCUCACACUAACCGCUGUAGACGGAGGAAAACCUCCAAGAUCAGGAACAAUGCAGAUAAUUGUAAAUGUAGAAGACAUCAACGAUAAUAUUCCUGUUUUCAGUUCUUCUGGACAUCUGUCAAUUUUAUCCGCGCGAUGUCAGUAUCUGCCUGUUGUUUGA